AUGGGCUACUUCCUCCGAACACUGCAGCUGCUCUCCACCUGCAUGGCCAUCUCACUAGUGGGCAGCCUGGACAGCUGGACGGUGCCCACAAGUACCUGGUCCUUUGUUAUCUUGUGCUUCUGCUUCGUGGUGACCUUCAUCAUUCUCAUAAUUGAAUCACUGGCGCUUCAUUACUGCUUCCCCUUCUCCUGGGGGGACUUUCUGCUCUGCCAUGCCUGCUACCUCGCCCUCUUCUGCCUCUUGGUCUCCAUCAUUUACCCCACCACCUAUGUCCAGUUUUUGUUUUACACCCCCUCCUGGGACCACGCCAUCGCUGCUACUGCGUUCUGCUUCAUUUCUACUGUGUCUUAUGCCACCGAAGCAAUCUGGAUCUUGGGCUGGCCCCGGACAGGUGAUUUCACUGGCUAUACAGGCAGCUUGCCAUUCCUCCUCAAGAUGCUAGAGACACUGGUGGCCUGUGUCAUCUUACCCUUCAUCAGCAAUCCCUACCUGUACAUGGACCAUCCAUUGCUGGUGUCUUGCGUGGCCGUGUACUCCAUCUGCUUCAUCCUGGGGAUCGUGACCAUCCUGUUGAACCUGGCUAACUGUGAGAACUGGUGGCCCAUCUCCUCCUCCAUGUUCCAUCUGGUGUUAAGCCUGCUGUCUGUCCUUCUCUACAUUGGUGCUCUGGUCCUCUGGCCGCUCUACCAAUUUGAUGAAAAGUUUGGCGGGCAGCCCGAGAGGUCCAGGGAUGUGAGCUGUCAACAUAGACUUACCAACUAUGUAUGCGUCUGGGACCAGCGACUGGCCGUGGCCAUCCUGACAGCCAUCAACCUGCUGAUUUACGUGGCCGACCUGGUGUACUGGGCCCACCAUGUUUCUGUAGGGACUGAGGACCAGCCCGGGGACUCCUGACCACCUCUGCUCACAGGAGGUAUCUUUACCAAGCUCUGACAUCCUCUUCCUGGCUCCCUCUCUCCCUCCUCACAUCCUCCCUCAUUCAUCUUUCUCUCCUUUCUAUUUCCUUCCCUUCUGCUCUGUUUUGUCUCCUUCCUGUUUUGUGUGGUUGCCCACACCUUGUUUUGUCUCUUUCUCAUUUUUUCUGUAUUUUCUACUCUUUGGCCCUUUUCUAGUCAUCAUUGGUUUUCCCAUCUCCUGUGUCCUGACCACCUCUCCCCAUUUUCCUUCUUCUGAUCCAUCAGGACCUGAGACUCCUUCCUUCUCGGUCCACCGCCCCCUCCCGCCUCCUGAGGUGCUGACGCCACAGCACACAGCCCUCUGUGCAGCUGUUCACA